UGUCUUAUCUGCACGUUAUACAUUGGCCAGUUUAUUUCACCACACUUUUCAAGACUAGGCAAGAGUUCCUUAGAGCCUAUUACCAUUCAUCGGAGGGUUAACCGCGCAGUCGAACAGAUGGCACUAUCAGGAUGGAUCUGUGUGGUGACUGGUGCUUCCAGAGGAAUUGGAAGAGGUAUUGCCCUACAGUUAUCUGAGGCUGGCGCUACAGUGUACAUCACUGGUCGACAGGAGAAAACUCUGAAGCAGACAGCAGCUGAGGUGACAGAGAGAGGUGGCCGGUGUCUUCCAGUGAUCUGUGACUCAUCUAAAGAGGACGAAAUCAAGGAGCUGUUUGAACGUGUUCAACGUGAGCAAAAUGGCAGACUUGACUUAUUGGUCAAUAAUGCCUAUGCGGGUGUACAGGCUAUUUUUGACAACAUGAACAAGAAGUUCUGGGAGGUGGAUCCAGAUGUUUGGGACACAAUCAACAACACUGGACUCAGAGGUCACUAUUUCUGCUCAGUGUAUGCCGCACGGAUGAUGGUGGCGCAAGGCAAAGGCUUGAUUGUGUUCAUAUCAUCCAUGGGUGGUCUGCGCUAUCUCUUUAAUGUAUCCUAUGGGGUCGGCAAAGCUGCAUGUGACAGAAUGGCAGCGGACAUGGCAGUAGAGCUGAAGAAGAAAGGUGUGGUUUCUGUAAGCCUCUGGCCAGGGGCCGUUCAGACUGAGUUAAUUAAUCAGUAUAUAUCUUGCGAUGAGGCUCCUCCAGGAUUUGAUCCAAAAUUCAAGGAAAUAUUUAAUAAGGGUGAGACGACAGAGUUUAGUGGAAGAUGCAUAGUUGAGCUGGCCAAAGAUAAAAGUCUAAUGUCAAUGACCGGGCAAGUGUUGAUGACCUGUGACCUCGCUCGCCGCUAUGGACUCAAGGAUGUUGAUGGUCGCAGUGUCAUGGACUACACCUCUUUGAAGUUUGUCGUUUCCCAGGUACCCUAUGUGUCCUGGCUGUCCGUAUUCACUCCUUCAUUCAUCAGAGUGCCUCGUUCCAUGCUGAGCCUUGGCAGUGGAAAAAUCUAAUAUGUCUCAGUGAAGAGACAUUGUCUAUUUUUUUUUAUCUUGUUAUAUAAAAAAAAAGGAUGUCCAUUUUUACAAAUGAGUAAAGCACUGAUUAAAAUUACAGUAGCUGAGUCUGGAAGACAAUUAAUGCACAAUUCAUGAGCAGAAUUAGUAUUGUCACAACUGUUUUCUAAAAUGAAAAAAUUUAUAAAAAUACUGGUAUAUUAACAUACGGUUUUUAACUUGAAAGGGAUUAAUUAACCCUGUUAUAGAUGAUUGUAUACUUACCAAACGAG